AUGCACGUUGCCGAGUCACAGAGAGUGUUCCUGGAUAUUGUCCAAGAGGCACUUAAGCGAUAUGACACACAGUUGAAGGAUAUCAACCACAAGAUCUGGUCCAAUCCGGAACUGGCAUACGAGGAAUUCAAAGCCCAUGAUAACAUUUGCGAGCUCUUUGAAAGCCUUCAAUCGAGCGGAUACGAAGUCGCCCGGAAGGCGUAUGGUGUCGACACUGCUCUUGAGGUCAAAUACUCCUAUGGCAAGGGAGGACGAACUGUUGCCUUUAACGCUGAAUACGAUGCUCUUCCUGGGAUUGGCCACGCCUGUGGUCACAAUUUAAUUGCGACAAGUUCCAUAGCUGCAUUCAUCGCUACUUGCGAGGCAAUGAAAGCUCAAGCUCAAGCCUUGUCUGUGCCUGGAUUCACUGUCCGACUACUAGGCACCCCGGCAGAGGAAUCUGGUGGCGGCAAAGUCAAGCUUAUCGACGGUGGAGCCUAUACGAAUGUGGACGCUUGUCUAAUGGUGCAUCCCGUUCCUAUGGCUCCUGGGAAUCCUUCUCUUUGCGGCAUGGCCACUGUUGUGGCAGGGGGCUUCCUAGCCAAUGAUAAGGUUCAAGUAACCUUUACCGGCAAGCCUGCUCACGCUGCUGCUGCCCCCUGGGAAGGCAUCAACGCACUCGACGCGGUUGUGUCGGCAUACGUCAGCAUUUCUAUGCUCCGACAGCAGAUUUUGCCUUCUCAAAAAAUCCAUGGAGUCAUCACGGAAGGAGGAACUCGUCCGAACAUCAUUCCCAUGUCUGCCACAGUGGAUUAUUACAUCAGAUCCCCAACCAAAAAGACACUUAAGCCAUUGACCGAAAAGGUUAUUAAAUGCUUUGAGGCUGCUGCGACUGCUACAGGCUGUAAGGUCUCAUACAAAUGGGGUCCGUCAUAUGAUGAUCUGAAGAGCAACAUGCCGAUCUGUGAGAACUAUGUCUCGGCAAUGAGAGCAAUGGGUCACCACACCCUACUUGAUAACUCAGAAAUUAAGGGCGCACUUGCUGGUGCCUCCACUGAUAUGGGUAAUGUCUCUUAUGUCGUGCCUGGAUUCCAUGGUAUCUUUUGCAUUCCGGUCGAUGGGGUAAACCACACACCAGGAUUUACUAAGGGGGCUGGGUCAUCUGAGGGCCACGAAAGGGCUAUUGCAUGUGCGGCUGGUAUGGCCGUAGUAGCCUGUCAAGUCCUAGUUGAUGAUGAGUUUGCCGAGUCGGUUAAGAAGGAUUUCCAGCGAGAGUGA